CCAUCUUACAAUUUUUAGUAUUGGUAAUAAUAUUAUAUCAAAUUGGAAACAUGUAUUAUAUUUAAGAAAAUUUAAAAAUUUAUAUAGUUUGAAUAUGAGUGGAAAUCCAUGCACAGAAGAAGAGGGAUAUUUAGAUUAUGUAUUUGCAUUUAUACCUCAAUUAAUUUAUUAUGAAUACAAAAUGAUAACUAAAGAACAAAGACAGACAGCUAGAGAAAAACACUAUAGAGCUUUACAUAUUUUAGAAGAAGCAGAAAUGAAAGAAAAAGAAGAAUUGACUUUAAGACAAGAACGUGAAAAAAAAUUAGCUUUUCUUACUACUGCAUGUGUAGAAUAUCUUGAUGAAGAUCAUCUUUUUUAUCAAAUGUUUGAAUAUGACAAAGAAGGAAAAGAUUUAUCUAUGGUAAAUGAAGAUACACAAAAUGCAUAUGAACAAUAUAAAAUAAAUUUUUCUACUUUAUGUCAAGAACUUUGUGAAGUAGGAUUAAAAGAACAUGAUAAACGUUUAGACGAAAUAAAUCUUUAUAAUAUUGGUGUAAAUGAAGGAAAAAAUAUUUCACAGAAUCAAGGAAGGAUGAUUGUAAAUGAGGUUUUGCAAACUAAAGCUGUCAUGUUAGUAAAUAUUAAACAAUUAUUAAAAAAAUUAGUUGAAGAUAUAGACGCUGCUACAUUAGAAGAUAUAACUCAAAAAACACAACAACUUUCUCAAGAAUUUAAUAAUAUAGUAACUGAAACAUGGACAAAAUUAAUGACUAUUGAAGUAGAUUUACAUGAACAAAUACAGGAUAUAAAUGAAAUAUUCAGAAUUAAUAUUUCCGAUAUGAUAGAAUCUUUCUUAACAACUGCACGAGGAUAUUUUUCACAAUUACGUAAUUGUGAAGCAGAAUAUAAUGAUACUAUUAAUGGAUUAAUUUUAUAUUAUCUUAGUGGUUUUGGAGAAGAUCAAAAACUACCUCGUCAUUUAUUAAAUUUAUGUGAAGAUAAAGAUAUGUUAAGUUAUAAUCUUAAUAAUUCUCAUGAAAGACAUUUACAGGUAAUAGAUGCUCGAGAAGAUAGCAUGGUAAAUCGAUUAAGAAAUUGGCUUAAAGAAUAUAAUGAAGAAUUAUCAAGGCAAGAAAUUGAAAGAAAUAAUCAACAAGGAUUAGAAAUAGCACAUUUUGCAGACUCUCAACAAGAAGAAUUUUUAUAUCUUUUACAGCAAUUAAAUAUUAGUGAUCCAGAAGUUAUGUUAGCACUUGAAACUACUUAA